AUGGCGGACGGAGAAGCAGCUGAAGGUGGAGUACGGCGGAGAGGAUGCACAUUUCAAAAAAACGACUUCUUCCCGGAGGAAUCCUUCAAGAGUUGGGGAAACUACGGAAGAGCCGUUAUGAAUACACCGCUCCGCUUCAAGGAUCAUGUGUUGAAACGAUCCAGUGAUCAUGCAGAGAUAGUGGAUGUUAAGGCUCAAAGUGGGAACGAGAUGAAGAAGACGCUGAACUGGUGGGACUUGAUGUGGUUCGGCGUUGGAGCUGUAGUUGGUUCGGGAGUAUUUGUGCUUACCGGACUUGAGGCUAAGGAGAAAGCAGGUCCGGCAGUCGUCUUGUCGUUUGUCAUCUCCGGUGUCUCCGCUUUGUUAUCGGUGUUUUGCUACACAGAGUUCGCCGUCGAAAUUCCGGUUGCAGGUGGUUCAUUUGCAUACUUAAGAGUAGAGUUAGGAGACUUUGUGGCCUUCAUAGCUGGCGGAAACAUCCUCCUGGAGUAUGUUAUAGGCGGUGCCGCCGUUGCUCGAUCUUGGACCUCUUAUUUUGCUACCCUCUGCAACAGAAAUCCUGACGAUUUCCGUAUAGUAGUUCAUAACAUGAACCCUGAUUAUGGCCACCUUGACCCUGUUGCUGUUGUUGCCCUCAUAGCUAUCACAGCACUUGCGGUUUACAGCACCAAAAAUUCUUCCAUCUUCAACUACAUAGCUACUAUCUUCCACAUGGUUGUCCUUCUCUUCAUAAUAAUCGCUGGUCUUAGCAAAGCCAAAAUUGAAAACUACUCACCAUUCACUCCUUUCGGGUUUCGUGGUAUAGUCAGUGCUUCAGCUGUUCUUUUCUUUGCUUAUGUUGGCUUUGAUGCAGUUGCAACUAUGGCUGAGGAAACUAAGAACCCUGCCAGAGACAUUCCUAUUGGCCUUGUUGGCUCAAUGACAAUUACCACUGUACUAUAUUGCUUACUAGCAACAACACUAUGUCUUAUGCAGAAUUACAAAGAGGUUGAUACUAACGCUCCUUUCUCUGUUGCUUUUAGUGUUGUUGGAAUGGAUUGGGCUAAGUACAUUAUUUCAAUUGGUGCUUUGAAAGGAAUAACAACUGUGUUGUUGGUUAUUUCUGUUGGUCAAGCUCGUUAUUUAACACACAUUGCACGUACUCACAUGAUGCCUCCUUGGUUUGCUUUUGUUGAUGACAGAACAGGAACACCUAUGAAUGCUUCCAUCUCAAUGCUUAUUGCUAGCUCUAUUGUUGCUUUCUUCACUGAUCUUGGGAUUCUCUCUAAUCUUUUAUCAAUUACAACUCUCUUUAUCUUUAUGCUUGUGGCCUUGGCGCUUUUAGUAAGGAGAUAUUAUUCAAGUGGAGUAACUACAAAAGUUAAUCAAGUGAAUCUCAUUGUGUGUCUUAUUUUGAUUAUUGGAUCUUCCCUUGGAAUUUCAGCUUGUUGGGCUUCCGAUAAUGGGUGGAUCGGGUAUAGUAUUGUUGUUCCGUUGUGGUUUUUAGGUACAGGUGGUCUUUGGCUUUUUGUUCCAAUGGAAAAGAAACCUGAUGUUUGGGGAGUACCUUUAGUUCCAUGGGUUUCUUUUGGUAUACUAUAUAUUGUUGGGGUUACAUGCUUCAUAUGA